AAAACAAAGAUUUUGCCUCUUUUGAUAACAGUCUGAUGUCAUUGAUACAGGGUGCGUGCCACUGAAAUAGCAUCGAAAUUUUCAUGGCUGGGAUUUGAUAGUCACAGACCAUGGAUUCGGGUCAAUCACGAACGGUGGUUCAUCGCGUUGUUCAAUCCACAGACGCAUCACCAUGAAAAAGCUUGAAGUACAACAACCCAAUGUUGCCAACAAUAAAGCUCCCGCGCCUGUUCAGUCCAAGUGUACGCUUCGAUUCAACUACGCACCAAGUCAAGAUGGCAUUGAUCUCAAUCUCCUGAUCUUGUUGCACGGACUCGGAGACACCAUGCAGCCCUUUGCCAAUCUUGGGGCCAAGUUAAAGUUACCGCAAACUGCCAUACUCGCGGUACAAGCUCCUGAGCCUGUUCCUUAUAUGGAGGACAGCUAUCAAUGGCACGCCACAUUUGAUUUUUUGACGGGCGAAUUGUUGCCUCCUGCCAAUCCAGACCGUAUGAAAACCUUGAUGCGCACCCGGAAACUGAUGUCGGAAUUACUGCACCAUUUAAUCGACCAUAGCAGUUUCAAACCUCCGAAUAUCUAUUUUUUUGGCUUUUCUCAAGGCGGCACGGUCGCAUUGGACACGGUGCUUUUUGGAGAUAUCCGUAAUCUCGGAGGCGUUGUCAGUAUCAGCGGCUAUCUUUUAGAAGAGCAGCGCUCAGAUAAACCUGUCGGCGAAGGUUAUCCGGGCUACAUUUUAAUCACACAGGGAGAAAAGGACCCUGCCAUUGGCAAGCCUGAGAUCGCCAAGAAAAAGUAUCAAGUGGUUCAACGUCUAUGUUCCAGUUCUGCGCAAACGUCUCAAGUGUUUAUCAAGAACAAAGGUCACACAAUGCCAAGUAGCGAAGGCGAAUGGCGGGUUAUACACACAUUUUUUUCGGAUCACAUGGCACGAAGAAACAUCCAAUUAGAGAACAUGUCGGACGUCUAUCUAGUAAACUCUUCCUCAUCAUAAUCCACCCCAUCCAUCGCCAAAUGCUACACAACCUCGUUUCAAUGACGAUGAAUGGCCGCACCAACGUC